AUAUUGGUUAUAGUUGUUAAUUAUUUAAUUUUAAUUAUUUGUGUGUUAUUAGGAGUAGCUUUUGUUACUUUGUUGGAACGAAAAAUUUUAGGUUAUAUUCAAAUUCGUAAGGGGCCUAAUAAAUUAGGAAUUAUAGGUAUUCUGCAGCCUUUUUCUGAUGCUGUGAAGCUUUUUUGUAAGGAGAAUAUAAAUUUGAGAAUAUCUAAUUUUUUACCUUAUUAUAUAGCUCCUGUAUUAAGUUUAUUUAUUUCUUUAAUUUUAUGAAGGGUAUUACCAUAUAGUAGGGGUUUAUUUAAUAUAAGUUUAGGGGUAUUAUUUUUUAUAUGUUGUUUAAGUGCGGGUGUAUAUCCUAUAAUAAUAGCUGGUUGGGCUUCAAAUUGUAAAUAUUCUUUGUUGGGAAGUUUACGCUCUGUUGCUCAAACUAUUUCAUAUGAGGUAAGUUUGGCUUUAAUUUUAUUGUCUUUUAUUUUUUUAAUUGAGAGUUUUAAUUUUAAGGAUUUUAUUGUAUACCAGGAGGAAGUUUGGUUUUUAUGGUUAACUAUUCCAUUAAGAAUAGUGUGAUUUGCUUCUAGUUUAGCUGAGACUAAUCGAACUCCUUUUGAUUUCUCUGAGGGGGAAUCUGAGUUGGUUUCAGGGUUUAAUACUGAGUAUAGAAGGGGCGGGUUUGCUUUAAUUUUUAUAGCGGAAUAUUCAAGUAUUUUAUUUAUAAGGAUAAUUUUUAGAUUGUUUUUUUUAGGCCCUGAUUCUUUGAGAAUUGUUUUUUAUAUUAAAGUGGUAAUAAUUAGGUUUGUUUUUAUUUGGGUUCGAGGUACUUUACCUCGAUUUCGUUAUGAUAAACUUAUGUAUUUAGCUUGAAAAAGCUUUUUACCUGUUUCUUUAAAUUUUUUAAUUUGGUGUAUAGGUAUAAAGAUAUUAUUUUAUACUUGAUUUUUAGUAUUGUAG